AUGGCUUCCUGCCGUCAGCGUCUUCUUUUCAGGAGAAUUUUGUCGUGUGUUACCUCCCGGGCGAGGAAAAAAAUUCCAUCGCAACGCUGGUUCUCGCUUUUUACUAGCAAUCCAAGGAGUUCGAAAAAUCGCGGCUCAUUUGAGCCAAAAAUCUAUGAUGUCGUCAUCGUUGGAGGGGGAAUUAUGGGUUCAUCUUCUGCUUAUUUUCUGGCAAACAGAAUGGCUCCCGAAAUGGGUAGAAUUUGUGUGAUCGAACAAGAUCCAACGGUGAGAGAAAAGUUUCUAAUUGUUAUUCUGUUUAUUUAGCUUUCAAGAUGCACUUAUCCCGGCUGGGCCGAGGCUUGACCUUGGGUACUUGUUGACAUUUGCUUCAAAUUUUGACUCCGGGACGGUGAGAUUGAAUCGCUUUUACACUUUUGCAGUAGGGUCUCCGGGGAAAGAGCCGCGGGAUUUGGAAUGCACGGUAGUGGUCGAGAAGGAAAAAAUCAGUAUGGAAACAUUUACAAUGAAUCCCACAGGUAGCCCCAAGCUCGAAAUAUGAGCAUCGGCGAGCAUCGGCAUUGUUGCGCAACAUUCAAAAUAUAAGGAUUUGUAUGGGAAAAAAAAAACCUAUCUCAAUCGAGAGAAAACCGUUUACAUAAAAACCCAUAAAACGGCCAUAAAUCGGCCCGUGGACCACACAAGAGAGACGUAACACACAUUUUAAGUAAGGUCAGCUGUUUUUUAAUUGAAAUCUUUUCAUUUUCGUUGGUUACAUAAACGAUAGGUUUUUUUCCCAUACAAAUCCUUAUAUUUUGAAUGUUACGCAACAAUGCUGAUGCUCGCUGAUGCUCGCCGGUGCUCAUAUUUCGAGCUUGGGCUACUUGUGUGAAUCCUAAAGGACAAUGUUGCCCUUUCCAAUAUCAUGACUUACACAGUAACAUGUCAGAACGUCAUCACUUUAUUUGCCUAUUUUUUAUCAACCCUUAAUAUUACAACUCUGCUCCUUGUGACUUGAGGCUUCAUCUAAAAACCAACUCUUGCUCUAGGGGAGGGGUGAUGGAAGCUUUAUGUGGAGAAAUGUUUUUCUUGGGUAAGGGGAUUUCAAAACGUUGUUGUGCAAAUUCCCGGGGGGGGGGCAGGUCCCAGUGAAAUCCCCUAAACAGGCAUGCAUUCCUCUCUGGCCGGUCCCUGGCCAGGCCAAGAGGAUCCACAAAUCAAGCACUGAGAUGUGCUGAAAGAAGACCACACAACAAAAUUUUAGCGGGUGGGGAUGGGUAGCGUAUUCUUGAUUCAAAGUGACAGGGUUGUUUGAUGAAAUAUUUUUUUGAUAUGUGUGUGUUUGUGUGUGUGUCACUGUAAGAAAUUAGUGACCACACAAAGACUAACUGCUGCAAAAGCUUGGGGCAAAAAACAAAACUUUAUUGAAACAAAUGAGGGAGAAGGAAAAAAAAUACCCUUGGGAGGGCAGGGUGGGUAAAACAAUCCGAGCAAGACCGCAAAUGACCUUUGAAAUGACAGUCGUGCGAUCUUAUGCCCCAGAAGAAACCUGACACUGGCAAAAGACAGGAAGGGCGUGUACCUAAUAAAGUGCUUUGACAAAUGCCAAAACCACCAUUAUUUUAGCAAAAAUUUUUUGGCAGGGGGGAAUAAAUUUAAGUUUGGAUUGUCUUGGGUUGAAACCUUUGAUGGCAUUAGUCAACACAGAAAAAAAUAAUAUAUACAUCCAUUGAAAGUGUCAUACUCCUCAAUGAAUGGAUUAUUUCUUACUGUUACUAAUGGCAGCUACCACAUUAAUUUGUUACACAGUAUACAAGGGCAUCAACCGUGUUGUCUUUGGCAGGAAUAAGGAGUCAGUUUUCCAUGGCUGAAAAUAUUCAGAUGUGUCAAUUUAGCUUCCAGUUUAUAUCUGAUGUUGGGCAAAUUUUAGCAGUGGAUGGCUGUGAUCCCCCUGACAUCCAACUUCGAAGGCGUGGGUAUCUGUUCCUUGCCAGCAGUGAUGGAGAAGAUGUAAUGCAAAAAAAUUAUGCUCUUCAGAGGUAUAUUGGAAAUGCUAUUGGAAAGUUGUGACAGCUAUGCGAGGGUGGGAAUUAAGGGGGGGUGGUCUGGUGCAGGUUAGGGUGGGUGUUUAUCAAUAUGCAUCGAUGCAUCAGUAAUUUUCAAGUGCCCCCGAUCAAAACUAUGUAUUUAGGCUUGUUACAGGCACAUAAAUACUGUAAAUUAGGUAGGCUGAUCAAAAUUAGUGUCCGUAGCUGUAAUUGAUCAGCAUUUAUAAUUCGGUUAAAAUAUUUUUCUGUUCCUGACUGGCUAAAAUCCCACGGCUUGUGGGGAAUAGGUUAAGAAGGCCCACAACGUCCUCAGUCUUCACUUUCAGGUUUUUUAAUCACAGUUUUUUUUUCUUUUCUCCUACAAAAAUGAUUCACCUCUCACUGGCAUCAAUCGAGCGAUCCCUAAUCUAUAGCACACCUUGAAUAAACAUGAGCUGAUUGGCUAAAACGAUAUUGCUGACAGAAAGAUAACAAACGUACUCUAUUUCACAAUAACACGUGGAAUAACGUGAUCUUUGCCUUUCAGAUAAAAAUAAACGCCCUCAAAGAUUGGCAGCUCGUGACAAAAUAAACAUUAAAAACCCUAUGCUAUUAUCGAGUUUCCGACACACUCCCCCAUGUGCUUUCGACAAGGAAGUACAUGUAAGCAAAGGAAACUACUUCAACCUAAGUACGCUAAACAAUUUGAAAACGAAGAAAAGUCUUAAAGAACAAAUCACAUAGUUCAAUGAUUCCGUUGUCCACAGUGUUCACGUUGAAUCACAGUUCAGCGUUCUUUGAGUGUUACUAGGCUUAAUCACUUGAAAUCAUAACAAAAAAGGUUAAUGGACACAUCCUUAAUGUUCUGAAAGUUUUUUUUUUUCCUUUGAUUGCUCGUCCUGAGGAAGUUCUGGUUUCACAGUUCUCACGGCUCUGCUUCCUGAGCAGCAUCCGCAAUACGGUGUCUUGCUGCGACUGCCGCAUCCCGCCUUGGCCGAUAGGGUUCGGCCUCAGGAUUCAACCUUGCAUCUGUUCUGUCGCAGGACAGCUCGAGAGGGUACAGCUGCUGCACUGCUCGUUCCAAGACUCCUUUCCCAGCUCGUAACUUAGCUCCACGUACGAUUCCGUCACGUCCCACGAUCAGCCUUUCCACGAUCCCUAGCUUCCAUGAGUUACGGUUCCGAGACUCGUCCUGAAUUAUCACCACUUCCCCCACUGAAGGGUGGGAGGUCUGUUUCCCUCCGCUCCUGCUGUGCCGCUCACGUAGGCUUCUCACGUAUUCUUUUGUCCACCUGGACCACAUCGCUUCUUUGCACCGAUAGAGAUACUUGGCUCUUUUCCUUAGAUCUGGUUCCUCGAUGUGGUAGGCAUUUAGCUCUGGGAGUUGGCUCGGCCGAAGGUGCAGCAUGGAGCUUGGAGUGAGUACUGGCAAUUCGACGUCCUCUUCCAAAUAACUCAGGGGACGUCCGUUCAUGGCAAUUUCAACGUCAAGCACAACGUCCGAUAAUUCGCCCCAGGAUAAGGUUCCGUUCCCUACUGCUUUUCGGAAGGCAGACUUGAACACGCCUAUCAGCCUCUCAAACUGGCCACCCCACCAGGGAGCUCGGCUAAGGUUGAAUCUCCAGGCUAUGUCCAGCUUUGAAAGGCAGGUGUGAAACUUCUCAUCUUUCAUGGCUUUCCUCAGCCAAUCCGCUGCUGCUUUAAACGUGCUUCCGUUAUCUGAGUAGAUUACGCGAGGGCGUCCACGCCGGCUAUAAACCCUUUCAGACUUGCGAGGAACUUGCUUGUUUCUAAGCUCGGAAGUAGAUCGAGGUACACCCCUCUGGUAAGACCGCAGGCGUACAAGGCUAGGUAGGCUUUACCCUCCAUCUUCUUUGUCACCUGAUACUUUAUGGGCCCAGCAAAGUCAACACCGAUGGUUUCGUAGGGUGUCACUCCUUGGGUUCUGGUCGUUGGUAGAUUGCCUGGCGGUGGGGACUGGUAGGCUUGAGCUCGAAAUCUCUUGCAACCCCAACAGCUUUUAAUGACCUUCUUGGUAAGUUUUCUCAGGCGAGGGAUCCAGUGAGUCUCCCGAACUUUGGUCAUUGUGAGUGUAACUCCCCCGUGAAGGGUCGCUAGAUGCGCUCGUUGAACAAGCUUGUGUGUGAAUGCGUUACCAUCAGGAAGGUAGAUAGGGUAUGCACCGACGAUUCGUCCUCUACACUCCAGUAUUCCGUUGUUGUCUGGUUGCAAGUUAAGCUGUAACUUGUCUGCCUCGAAAUUCUUCGAACUUCUGCCUUCCUCUUGAGCUCGUCUGGUCCACCAGGUUUCCUGGUACUUCAUUUCAUCGGUGGUCAGCGGUCCUUUCACUCUUCUUGGCUUCGGGUUUCUGGAAUUAGUUAGGAACCUGGACACCCAUGCGCACACGCGCAAGGCCUUUAACAGACUGUGUUGCUCCAUCAGCACACUGAACUCGUCUUCUGAUGAUAGGGCUGUGGCUAAGACUUCUUUUAUCACUUUGGCUUCUGCGUUGGAUUCUGCGGUAGGUACGGUAACAAGGUCUGGGGGCCAUGCUCUAGGAUCACUGAGCCAUGCUGGUCCCUUCCACCACAGUUGUUUCUCUUCUGUGACCGGUCCACCGCGGCUAGCAAGGUCGGCAGGAUUAUCCUUAGUUGGUACGUGUCUCCACGUAAUGUCACCAUGCUCUCUAAUCUUUCGGACACGAUUUGCCACGAAUUGCUUGAAGUCUCCAUUUCCGCGUAUCCAGUGUAGUGCGACGCUGCUAUCGAGCCAACAGUGUAGGGAGGAUACAGGAAACCCUUGUAGCGCAUCUUGUACGUUGCUUAGAAGAUUCACGGCCAUGUGACCCGAGACUAGUUCGCGGCGAGGUAUUGUCAACCCUUGCUUCGCCAGUCUUGCCUUUGCUGUGACGAGGCCCUUGUUUACUGAAGUCGGCUGUUUGACGACGGCGUACACGGCAGCCGCGACGCCCUUUCCGCUAGCGUCUCCAAAAGCAUGAAGCUCGAUGUUCUCGAUAGGCUGUUGAGCACUCGUCAGUGCUCUUGGGCAGUUAAUUUGCUGAGGUAAACAACUCUCCCACUUCUUCCACUGCUGAACUAGCUCUGCAGAUAGCGGCGCGUCCCAUGCGCAUUUCUCUUCACAAGCCUCACGAUAUAGCAGCUUUCCUUGUAGAGUGGUAGGUGCGGCUAAUCCUAAGGGGUCAUAGAUCUUAGCCACCUUCCCCAGGAUCCCUCUUUUCGUCGGUUGCGCAAGGUUCGCGGGAAAAGGGACCCCAAUUUCGUCAGAUAACUUGUUCCACUUCAAUCCCAGGAGUCCACACUGUCUAGAUUGAACGCCCAGCUGUUGCUUCGCGUAGCUUAAGUCGUCUUCGUGCUCAUUCACUGUAACCGGCUCCAGUUCUUUCGCAUUGUCUUCGGGUACGUCAUCCAGUUCCAGCUCUUUCACGUUCGAGUGCCACUUGUGCAAAUGGAAAGUAGCUUGGGCAAAUAUCUCAGUUGUUGUGGCUUUCUUCUGUUUCACUUCUUCGGUAGUAGGUCCACCAGAUAAUAUGUCAUCCACAUAUAGCUCACGCUCAAUCUCUUCCACGCACUUGGGAUGUUCAUCUCGGCAAGUGUUCAGAUGCUGUUGGAUCACACCUCCUAGCAGGAAAGGCGAGGGUCCCAAGCCAAAGAGUGCUCUAGUGAAUCUGUAAGUCCGAAUUCGCUGUGGAUCUUUAGCUUCUAGCCAAUGGAACCGAAGAGCAUCUCGGUCUUGUACAUGAAUUCUCACUUGGAGAAAGGCUUUGCGGAUAUCACCAGCGAGAGCCACAGGAUGGAAUCUUCCCCGCACUAGAACCUUCCAAAGUUUAUUUUGGAGCGGCGGUCCAACCUCCAAGCAGUCAUUUAGUGAGGGCGCGGAGCUAUGGGCUUUGGCUGAGGCAUCGUAGACUACCCGCAUCUUGGUCGACUCUACAUUCUCUCUCACCACAGCUUUGUGGGGUAUGUAAAAUUCUUUCCCACUGGCUGGCAUGUCUGCCUCUUCCACAAUUCCUUCGCGCAGUUGGUCCUGGAUUAUCGCAUCGUAUUCGUCCAGACGACCUGUUUUCUUUAGACGUUGUACUAGACUUCCCAGGCGUUUCAAGCUCCCAGAUUCAUUCGAAGGUAGGGGAGGGUGGUCUCCUUUCCAAGGAAGGCGUGCUUCGUACCACCCAUCAGGACUGCGUCUAAGCUGUUCACGAAACUCUGCGUAGACAACGCUUUGGUCACCACUAGGUGCGUCUUCAAGCCCAAGGACGUCCAUUCUAUACAGCUCUUCAUAAUCGUUUGAGGCCGUUUGCGCUAGGAACAUGCUGUCUAGGUCUGUCUCCGUCCCUGGUGACAUGAUGGUCCACCCAAAGCGAGUAUAUUCGGCCACUGGUUCACCCAUAGCUCCAGUUCGCUGAGAUUCGCGGGUCUUUAUUCGCGCAUAGUCACUCGCUCCAAGAAUAACAUGGACAGGAAGCAUCUUCUUCAAGUCUGUGUCCUCCAUGUACACUCCCUUCAGAUGUGGGUACUUGCUUAUCAUUACCGCAUAAUUUGGGUUUUCAACAGACAGCAAUUCGGCACGGUCAAUUCUCGUCACGCUCAGUGGAAUGGCAUACUUUUCUUCCGUAUCGCUCGCUCGGACGUUGAAGAUCUCGCUUCGCUUUGUAACCACUCCCACGAUGGUUUGAAUACGGCGUGUGUGCGUGCGUGUUGGUCUCAGCUUCAGCCUAUCUAAGAGGUAUCCAGAGGCGUAAGAAACGGUUGCGCCGGUAUCCAGUAGCGCUCUACAGGUUACGCCAUUUACUUUGACAAGAACUAUAGGAUGGCAAACCUUCUCCCCGUCUUGUGUUGCUGUCAAUGCGACUCCAGCAUUAUUUCUAGGCUGACUUGCUCUUACUUGUCUGUCACAGAUAGACGAGUGGUGCUUUUGCUUGCAGUGUACACAGGAAGCUCUACUAGAGCAGUUGUUUGCGCUGUGCUUGGGCCCAGUGCAGUUAAAACACAACCGUUUAUUCUGCAAAAUUUGACGGCGUUCGGCAGGCGACGUGAUUUUAUCGCACUCCCAAGAUCUGUGCGUCACGCAAUCACAAUAAACACACGCGUGUCGCGCGCGGGCUGGUUCGCGUUCUUGCGCGUAGAAACUUCUGUGGCGAGGCGGACGAGGCGGCGGCGGGGCCUGAGGUUUUCCGCUAGCUUUCUCAGCUAAUUCCAGUGGAUGAAUUGCCUUCCAUUCUUCUAGAGCUCGUAUUAGUUCCGUGAAUCCCCAGUCUUGCCAUCCUACUUUUCCACUCACGAGUUCGGCUUUGAUUCCCGGCAGCUUAUCAAGCACACCACGCACCAUAGAAAGACAAGACGAAAGUUUACCCAGCGUCUCAAGAGGUUGAACAUUGUAGUUCAAAGUCUGGCAAAAUUUAUGGAUUUUGCUUGGCUGUGAUCCUGUUAUCACUGGCAAGGCAUUCAAGUUGUCGAUGUAUGCCCUUACAAUCUCGCUUAUCUUGCCGUAAUUUGAAGUCAGAAUAUUCUUAGCGCGCUGGUAGCCUUCAGAAGUAAAGGGAAGGCCGUCGAUUGAUUCGCAAACAUUACUUUCCAGCAAUUCUUUCAGAUGAGCGAAUUUUGUGACCGCCGGCAGAUCAGAUGAGUCAAUAUCAGCUUCAAACUUGUUCCAAAACGAGAGCCACUUCUCAUAGGUGCCGUCGUAUUUUGUGAUGAUUAGUUUUGGCAUUUUCACGUUGCUUUUGCUGGCUAGCUUUGCGGCGGCUUGCUCUGUUUGUUGAAUUUUCGCCUUUUGCUCAAGUUUUAGUUUUUCAAAUUCUAGUUCUUCCUCUCGUUGCCGAUCGAGCAAAGUUUUCUCCUUCUCACGCUUGUAGUCCUCUGCUCUCGUCGCAGCUUCUUCAAGACUGCGAGUUAAAUCAGAUAUCUCCAAAUCUGCUUCGUCGGUGCGUUGUUCUAUUGUUGCUCCCCAUUUCUGCACAUUCUCGACGAUUUCUCCAGCCUCAAGCUUGGCUUUUUCGACGUCUACCUUGAGAUCUUCGAUGGCAUUCACGAUUUUCUUCAAAAUUUCCUUGUGACGAAGGAUUUUGUCGAGGUUGCCCUUGUCCACGAUUGCAGCAGUCUUGGAGCGAGUAAGUGCUAGUAGUUGCAAUUCUGUCUCGAGUUCCUUUUGCUUUUCCUCCAUUUUAGUCACGGUUUAGAUUCUUGAUUGUCCCGUCGGAGGUGCCACAUGUGUGGGGAAUAGGUUAAGAAGGCCAACAACGUCUUCAGUCUUCACUUUCAGGUUUUUUAAUCACAGUUUUUUCUUUUCUCCUACAAAAAUGAUUCACCUCUCACUGGCAUCAAUCGAGCGAUCCCUAAUCUAUAGCACACCUUGAAUAAACAUGAGCUGAUUGGCUAAAACGAUAUUGCUGACAGAAAGAUAACAAACGUACUCUAUUUCACAAUAACACGUGGAAUAACGUGAUCUUUGCCUUUCAGAUAAAAAUAAACGCCUUCAAAGAUUGGCAGCUCGUGACAAAAUAAACAUUAAAAACCCUAUGCUAUUAUCGAGUUUCCGACAGGCUAAUUCUUCCUAACAGCUACCAUUCAUCAAAUUUUGGAAGAUGUCUGUGAUAUUGGUACCAAUGUUGACAGUUGUAAGCCCAGAAUCCUGGGGAGGGGGGCACUCCAAAUAUGUUAGGGGUGGGGAUGCUCGUCGGAAAUUUUGAAUUAAACCCCUAAAGGAGACUGAUCAGGGUGUGGCUCAAGCCUUUGUUGACCCCUAAAAGAGACCAUGUUAAAACACAGACAAUAUAUAUUUUUUUAAAUUUUUUCACGUGGAACCCUAAACGAGACCUUCACGGCUAAAUAUGAUGGCGUUUUGCCAAGAACACCCUAGGUGAGACCAAAAUCCGAAAUUUACACCCCUAAGCGAGACGACGAGCAUCCCGGGCCUAGAAUAUCCACAGAAAAAGGGAUGGCAACCGAGAAGUCCGGGGGACGAGGUUACGCUAAGCUGUUUUUGUAAAGAGAGGGAAAUGAUAGAACAUUUUACAUGAUUUGUGAAGAAAUAACCACGUUACGUCAGGCAAAAGGACUUCGCAUGAAAAGAAUAAAAUUUUGAGCGGCAGUAAUUUGAAAACUGCAUUGUGUGACAGGCUGGUGUUACUUCACCAAGGCACGCGGCUGUCACGCAAAAAAGUCUGUGUCAUGCUCUCCACUUUUACUGUUUUUCUUCUAAAUGUUUAGUGCAUAGAAGUUGGAUAAAAAUACUCAGCGAUUCUACGCACCAAUACAUCUAAUACGAUGCAUACAAUGUUCUUCAUUUGCUGAUGACAAUUAUUGACGUUUGUGUUUGAUUUUAGUAAGCUAGGUUGUCAAGUUACUCUUCUUACCGUAAAAGAUCUCGAAGAAAGGUUCCCUUGGCUUAACACAGAAGGAUUAUCACUGGCUUCGCUAGGUCAGUUUUGUUGAAAAAUAGAACGCUAAUAAUUGUUAUCAAUACCAAUUUAAUAGUUUGAUGCGUGGUCACGGUGAUCUUCAGUUGGUAUCCGCGUUCAAUCCUUUGCUUUAUCAUCGUGCAAGCUUUUGCAAAUAGAGGAUAUUAAAUGGCCGCGCUGGGAUACGAAUUUUAUCUUCGAGUGCUUGCUGAAAGUAUCUCUUACGAGUGAGCGAGGCGAACGAGUGAGAGAUACUUUCAACACGAGAAGAUAAAAUUCUUAUCCCCAAGCGGCCAUGUAUUGUUCUGUUUAUUAUAUAGAUACUGAUGAAAUUCCUACAUAAAACACAACUUGAAGCUCAUCUGCGGAUGCAUCUGCGGAGAAGAGAGUGUCGACACGAAAAGCUAUCCGGUGUGUGAACUGAGAAAAUAAAAAUGUUUAGCCUGUUCCACAGGGUUCGGAGGAGUUCAGUUUGUCGUGAAAACUUCGAAAACUGUAUUAAAAACGGGAAGCUCUCUUGUAAUUGGCUAAUCAUGUUAGUAACCAUGGCGACACCAAUAUGCUCACACGUGAAAGAUAAAAAUAGUGUCUUCACUGCGCGCGAUGAGGAUAUGAUUUUUUAGUAAAAAGGAAAAUCCUGGUAUUUCAUCAGUAUCUGUAUAAUAAAUACCGAUAUUGACCGACUCUGACUCUUGUAAAUACUUCAACUACAAAUUUCAGGCACCGGAAACGAAGGGUACUUUGAUCCGUGGUCAUUACUUAACGCCUUUAAGAGAAAAGCUAUCUCUCUUGGAGUGGAUUACGUCAAUGGUGAGGCAGUGGACUUUGACACAGAUCAGAACGGACAAAUCAGCAGUGUUAAGGUUGGAAUAAUUUAUGAAAAUUUCAGACUCAAAUAUUUCCAGUGCUUGUAUGUUCAAGGAAACAUGCGCGCGCCUGCCUCGUACCCAGACGUCUCUCGCGCGCGCGCAAAGGAAGGCGGGAAGGACUCUUCCCAUGGUCCCUUGCGGCUCAUCACCAGUCGCUCGCCUCUACCUUGCGAAAAACGAAGCGCCUGAGGAGGAGGCUGUGCGCGCGCUACAUGAUUAGCAUUAACCUUAGAAGCGAGUAUUUUUUUUGUAAGCUAGAAAGCGUCUCUUUUACAACGCAAAGCGCUCAAUUUGCAUAAAAAAGGGUUAGAGGACUUCUCGGUCAUGCCGGAUCUUCCAGCAAAGAAACGCUCUUGCUAGCUGCAGUAGAAUGGGUCCAGAAUCAACUUAAAGAUUUUUAAUAUCACACUCAGCCACGCCUCGUGCAGUGUUUGAAUUUCUCAUCCAUCUACAGCCAGCGCAUCCUUUAGUAUUUCCCGGUAAAGCACUCACACUAGCCUCUAACGCUGGAAAUUGCAGUGUGAAAGUUUGCAACACAAACUAAAACCUGAAGAAGGAAAAUGGACCAUAUAUCGUGGAGUUGAAGAAGAAACACAAAUGUGUGUUCGCUCUACUGUGCUGCGUUAUUCUGUUAUUAUCAGCCGUUAUUGAAUGAGGCUGAGAAUAAUAUGAAGAAUUAUGCAGAUAGAGUAGGUGGAUUACAGCCUUAUCACUCAGUUUAAGUCCUUGUAAUCCAGUUUAAUUUUUGUAUCGCUAUCCUUGUGCACCAGGGGUGGAGGGGGGUAUUAGAUGGAGUAUUCACUUUCAGGUACGAGGCGCUAAUUCCAUGUGGUGCAAAUUCGAGCAUUUACGGUAAUUAUAUUGCUUCUUGAUUUAAAUCUUCAGGUGGUUUCCAGUUCAUCUCCGGAAAAUGUGAACGUCAUACAUUGUGGACAACUGGUAAACGCUGCAGGUCCAAACGCAGGUUAUCUCGCAGAAAAGCUUGGCAUAGACCUACCAGUACGACCAAGAAAACGUUACGUGUUUGUUUUGGAUUGCCCUGGAGCUCCUGCGAAUGAAUCGUUUCCUUUAGGCUUUUUAGUUGAUCCGUCUGGGCUCUAUCUCCGACAUGAUGGGGCAAGAUUUUUGAGUGGACUGUCUCCAAAAAGUGUGAGGAAUUUUGAUGUGGUAUUUCACAGCUGUUGCGAUUGAUAUUUGAACUAAAAGGUCGUAAAAUAAAAACAAUUUAUCCAAGUUCAUAUUUCUCUCGUCCCUUACACAGAUGGAAGAUUAUGAUUCAUCAGACUUUGAAGUUGACUACGAUUAUUUCACCGACAGAAUGUGGGAAACUAUAGCCCACAGGAUACCUGCAUUUGAAUGCCUGAAGGUAAAUGUGUAAAGUUGUACAGGAAACUGGGAAAAAAAUCGUUCCUGAAUAAAUUAGGAGCAAGGGUGGCACAGUUGGUUUCGGUUAGCGCGCGACCUUCGGUGCGCGAGGUCCCGAGUUCGAUCCCCGGUGACGACAUUACAUCCUUGUUCUCAAGUGUAGCUUUGACUAGCUUUAAAUACCCUUAAAACGGAGCAUUGAUGGAGAGAGGGGGCGUAAAAUGCCGUAUUGCCUCGAAGGGCGAUUUUUUCUUUCGCACAAAAAGGGGGCGAUUAUUCGAGGGAGGCGAUUAUUUCAAACAUUGCCCACUGGAAAUUGCCCAAAAAAUUUGGUUUUAUUAUCCCAUUAAAACAAGAAAAAUAAUCACAUAUACAUUAUUAGGCUUUUUAAGAGUUCCAAAUUUGGUUCUUUAAUAAAUUUUCAAUGUCAAUAUCCUCGGCGUCGGAACUUGAAUUGUCACUGAUCAGUUUUGCUGGAUCAGACUUUACUUCAACUUGGCAGGGAGGGGAUAAGAGAAAGAGAAGAAGGCAAGAGGGGUGGGCGGAGGGGCGAUUUUUCAAGGGUGGCGAUUAUUUUAAAUAUUGCCGUCUAAAGGGGGCGAUUAAUCGAAGGACAGCUAUUAUUCGAGGAAACAGACUCUCGCUCGGCCUUUAGAUUGAACUACGAGUAUCUGAAGGAGUACGAGAUUGUGUAAGGUUACCAUGGUUAUGAGUUGUCAAACCAAGUUGACCUGCUUUAGAUAAUCAUUUGUCACACCACAGGGCGUGAUAAUUCCCAUACAAAUCCUUAUAAUUGGCUUCCAGCAGGCUGUUGUGAGUCUAGGACCCUGUGUUCACACCUCUUACAUUUCUUUUUCCGCUGGUCGCCAACAGAAGGAAGUGAUAGUUCUAGGGACGUGACUGGCUUAAAAACGGUCUAAAGUUAUAUUCGUACUCAAUCUCGCAGUCGUAGUAAACAAAAAAAGAUUAAGGUUUUGUUUAUCGAGGAAGUCCAGUUAGCUGCUCUUUAGCUCGAUCCAAAACUCCGUUUUUUUGUAUAAAGAAUUUGUUUUUCACUGCCCGACAAUGAGAAUAUUAUGGCUCCUGAAAUGUCUCAAGGCUGCUUGGCGUCGCCGUAGCGUCCUGUUUGUGUAAGAUAAGGGUCGUUUAUCUCAAGGCGAUGUGGCUUUUCAACUGAAGUACAUCUACUCUGUUUACUUUUGCAUUAGGUUCAAAGUGCAUGGGCCGGACACUACGACUACAACACCCUUGAUCAAAAUGCCAUUAUAGGACGCCAUCCCGAAGUAAGAAAUCUUAUUUUCGUUAACGGCUUUAGUGGCCAUGGUAUUCAGCAAUCUCCGGCCGCAGGGCGUGCUGUCAGUGAACUCAUCUUGGACGGCGGUUUUCAGACAAUCGAUCUCUCUUUGCUGGGAUUCGAGCGUGUCAUGAGGAACGAACCAAUGAGAGAGAAGAAUAUCGUUUAG